AAGUAUAUAAAGUGGUAAGUUUCAACUGUAAAUUAUUACUUUCGAGAACAACCGUUCUUGCCUGUUCUUCGCUCGCUUCAAACCUUGUUUGUUAAGACACAGAGUUUGGUAACCAAUUCUCUUCCAUCAUGUACGGGCACGGAUACAACGGUAGAAUGGAACCAAUGCACAUGAUGUCAAUGGACUUCCAAGGCAGAUACAUGGAUUCUUAUGGAAGAAUGGUUGAUCCCAGAUCCUAUGGCUUCUCUGGCAGAUAUCAUGACCAAGACAGGUACUAUGGUAGAUCUAUGUACAACUAUCACGGUUUCCAUGAUUUCAAUAGGUUCCAUAGAUUUGAUUAUUUCAUGGAUUUCCCAGAUAUGUUUAUGGAUAUGUCCGGUUAUCAGAUGGACAUGUAUGGAAGGUGGAUGGACAUGCACGGACACUACUCUAGCCCCUACUCCUACAUGUUCAAUUCUUCAAGACAUGGCUACAACACUAGCUACUACUAUGGUCGUUACGGGUUCUAUCCAGAGAGAUUCAUGGACAUGUCCCACUACCAAAUGGACAUGAAUGGCCGAUAUAUGGACAGAAACGGACGUCACUGUAGCCCAUAUAACAACUAUUACAGGCGUUAUAUGAAUUUCCUUCAUAUGUACCAUCCCGAGAGAUCCAUGGAUAUGUCCCAUUACCAGAUGGAUUUUAAUGGUCAUUGGAUGGACAUGUAUAAUCAUUACUCCCAUCCUUUCUUUGGUCACAACCAUUACUAUAGGGGGAGCCACUACUACCACAAUUAUUAUCCCCACUCUAACUACAGCUGGGGACAUAGAUUUUACAACUACCCAGAAAGAUACUUUGAUAUGUCCCACUACCAGAUGGACUUCAAUGGUCACUGGAUGAACAUGUAUGGUCAUGGCUAUCAACCUUUCCAUUCAUUCAAUGGCUCCAACGGUUAUCAUCAUUCGGGUAACAGUUACAGUUGGGGACAUAGGUACCACAACUAUUACGACAUGUUCAAUGAUAUGUCCCAUUACCAAAUGGAUUUCGACGGUAACUGGAUGGACAUGUACAAUCAAUACUCCUAUCCUUUCUUUGGUUAUAACCAUUACCAAAGAGGGAGCCAUUACUAUAACUAUUAUCCCCACUAUAACUACAACUGGGGACAUAGGUUCCACGACUACCCAGAAAGAUUCUUUGAUAUGUCUCACUACGAGAUGGACUUCAAUGGGCGCUGGAUGAACAUGCACAGAUUUUAAUUUUGUAAUCAGACAAACGACAAAACUUUUCGGAAAUUCUACUGGCUAAUGUUAAUUGGAAACUUGACACAUUUUUUUAACGUCCUCAGUAUUCGGACACAUUUAAAUUUAUAUCAAUAAAAUUUUGUUGCAAUAUAUGAA